AGCAGCUCCAUGACCAACACCAUAGUUGCGAUAAACAGCCGUCUCCCCAACCUUUCUUACCUUCCCCACAUCAGACUGUCGGCCAAGAAGCAAUGGAUGUGCGAGCGGUACUGGUUGCAAGUACGAUCGCACGGCGUAUAAAAGGACAACAGCUGCUCCGAGUAGGAGUGUCGAGUUGUUGUAGUCCAAAAGGCGGGAUACCUCAACAGCCAUAGCAGUUUUGGACGGACAGGUCGCCGAGCUAUCAGCUGAAAACGGUGGGAAAGAGAGAUUUGCUUCCGUCACGACACUUGGAGCAGUGCUUGACGCUCACACAAUAAGCUGCCCCUUUGCGCGGAAUACCAUCUCCAGAUAAUCUCCGGAUGGCCUAGGACAUGCAUUUUUCAUCGUUGCGCCAGGUUAUUGUUAUUUGCCGUUUCAUUGGAGAGCUCGCAGAAGGCUAGGAUUGGCGAUCGUUCCAAGGAUAGCCGCACAAAGUCCAUUUGGGUUUUGCGAUGAAAUUAUGGACACCUGAUUGGUCUUUUAUCAGCAAAUUAACUAUGACGCGGAUAGAGGCGGAAAGAAGUUCUGGACCUUGUCUGCAAGUUCGGACUUCGAGGAUGCGCCCCCAUCUAAACGCUUGGGUUUGUUCCAAUAUUGAUCUUCAUUCUUUCUUUGCUCUCAUAACUCACUGCAUCUCCUAUGGAUUCAACGGUUGUAUGAGAUAUGGAUGGCGCUUAUCAGGCUUGCGUUCAAUUUGUAGCAAUGUUCACACCAAGCACUGCCAAAAACAGGUCAAACGAAAGGGGGCAAUUGCAUUUUUUCUGGGGUUUGAAUUUGCACAACCAUUGGCCAAAGCCGCGGACGGAGCUUUUUCCCAGCCGUUCGAAAUCACAUCGCUUCGCCAACAAGCUAACUCUUCGGGGAGAGAUAAGUUGAACGCACAAUUGAACCCUGAGUUAGUAUCCCAUUACAACUAAGAGUUCGCCCAGAAAUGAUCUGGGUCUUCCAAAAGAGUUUAUCGCUUCACCUCAUUCUUAGCUAGGCCACACCAUACUCACAAUGAAGGGUUGUGACCUUGCAGCAAGGGUCUGUAUCACGUGUGUAGUUGAAAG